AAUUGAUCCAAUGGCCGGCUUGGUUCAUGGUCGACAGGGUAUACGUAGAUUUUUGAAGGUCAUCGUGUCAAGAUCGAACUGUAUAUUUGAGAACUUGGCUUUUGAGGAGUGGCUUUUUAGGAACCACAAUGUUGCUGCUGACGGUGAAUUAGUCCUACUGUGGAGCAACAGCCCCACAGUUGUGAUUGGACGUCAUCAGAAUCCAUGGUUGGAAGCAAAUUUGCCAUUUCUGGAAAGGAAUGGGAUUUCCCUCGUGAGAAGACAGAGCGGCGGAGGAGCUGUUUACCAUGAUUCAGGGAACCUAAACAUAUCAUUCUUAACAGAACACAGGUAUCACAACCGAAAACGGAACCUGAAAUUCCUUGCUGAUAUACUGAACACAAGAUAUAAUGUCAAGGUAGAAUCCAAUAAACGUGACGACCUACUACUCCAGCCAGGAAAUCGGAAAUUUUCUGGCACGGCAGCACGAAUUGCUCGAGGGCAAGCAUACCACCACCUAACACUUCUAGUGAAAGUGGACAAGAACAUUGUUACAAAUGCAUCGAGGAGCGUGCCAGCAGCAGCCAUUGGGUACCUUACUCAGGAAGAUGAAAAUAUUUCGGUCACCAGUGUUACCAACUCAAUACUAUCGGAACUUAAAAAAGACUAUAAGGAAUGUGAUAUCACUUUUUUAUCAAUUAUAAAUGACGAUACUGUUUUCUCUGGUGUAAAAAAAAACCAACAAUUGCUGAGAAGCUGGGAAUGGACAUUCGGGAAGACCCCAAAGUUCGAAAUAUCCUUUAAAGCAGGAAAAGCAACAGUCGAAGCAGGUAUUAUAAGGAGUUGCAGCUUUAAGACAGACAUGAUAAAUCAGAGACUGCCAAAAGUACUGGAUGAAAUAUCUGCAUAAAA